UGCGUCACCGACAGUCUUAAAUUGUUGAUAUCCACUAUUCAUCCCAGAUAAAUAAACGGAAAAGUGUCUUGUUUAGCCAGUGACUAACAAGUUAUAUUCUCGGGAGAAGGUCUCGUAAACCCACUGGUCCAUUGUGAAACAAAGAUGAGAGAAGAGAUUCAACAUCUGAUAGAAUACCGUUAUAACUAACCUGUUUGAAAGCUCUUCGAGUCUUCACGAAUAACAUGAAUGUGAAUAUUAAAAAUCCAAUGAUGCUGGACAGGAGGAUGCACAUCGAAGAGAAUGGAUUAUUGGAGGACAAGAGACCCGAUCGUCAUCCGUCAGAACAGAACACGCCAAAUCGUUCAAAGAUCCAAUCCCAAGAGCCUCUGACCCAAGAGUACCGUACCUCCCCCCUCCUUCUAACCCAGGACACAAACAAUGAAGUAGCCUGGGACUGGCAAUCCCCGCAGGCAAAAACAAAUUCAAAAAGUAAACCGGAUGCCUCCAGCACCCCAAAGCGCCCCCGUCUGGUCCAGAAGAAGCGAAACGCUCAUUCCCCAGUGAUCUACAAGCCCUUUAAAAAGCGAAUAAUAAACCGACAGGACAGCGCAAGCCUCGACAAAUUAAAGAGUGAAUUUUUAGCCUUGAAUGCGCAAAUUGAGAUAGUGGCAUCACAUGAGGAGGAAACAUCAGCAGAGAAUAUCGAGCAGAACGAAAUCUCCGGUGAAAUCGUAUUCGACGAUGAUUUCGACGAUCAAAACGAUGUGAUUUUGAUUUCGGACUCCCCAGAAGUUCCCGAAGCCCCAAAAAUUACAAGAGUCGAUAGCACGGAGAAGGAGAGUCUCGACGAUUUGUUCAACGACUCAUUCAACGACGAAUCGAUGCUGAGGUGUUCCCAGGAGAUCGAGGAAAAGUUGAAGAUUGGUCCAUUGCAGCAGCCGGAGAAGACCCCAACCCCUAAGAUCGUCGAGAAGCCCCAGGUGUCCGUUCCCUCGCCAUCGCCCUCACGAUUCAAGAAGCACAAGUCAGAACCAAUCAACAAGAACUCGUCGAGGGACCUGGGAACUUCUUCGAAGGUGCACAAGGUGUCGGAUUUCAUUGAUCUUGACGACCUGGACUUCCCCGACGAUUCGUUCGAUGACCUGAUGAAGGCAGCAUGUGCAACAGCAGCUAAAUACGAGGACACGACGACUGGAAAUCAAAAGGAGAAGAGAUUUGCGACGUCAAGUGCUGGAAGUUCUGGCUCCAGUGCAGGAGGCAGCUACCAGAGGAAGGAUCAGGACAAAAUUCCGACGAAGGGAUCGUCACUGAUGCCGCAGAGGUCGAGUGCUGUGCAGAGAGGGGGGUUUAAUGGGAAUAGGGGGGCACCCGGGACUCAGACGAUUUCUGGAAACGAUAGGAGAUUCUUUAAAUCUAGGAAUCGCUCGGACUCGAGUUUUGAUAGUUCAAAUGGAUUAAGUUCAAUGAAUAGUUGUUCUGGGGUUAAUGUUGGGGCUAGAGGGGGUAAGACAAGCUCCACCUCCGUAAGUACACAGAUGGCUUUGAAAAGGACUCAAUCCGCUAUUGAUCGAAUGAAUGUUUUUGUGACGAAAGACAACAGUAACUGUGGAAUUAACAAUUUUGACAGAUUAAGGGUAAGAGACGAUGGUAAUACCGUCGCGUCGAGUGGAUCGUCUAGGAGUCAGACCCUUUGCACGCCUGAGGAGAUCGAGAAGAAGAGAAUUGAGGCGAUGAUGAAGCUCGAGGCCAAGAGAAAAACGCAGAAUACACAGAAUUCGGGUAAAAGGUGAGGAAGACAAAUUCCUAUGGGUUUUUCUAAUGAAUCGUUGGAACUCGUUGCGUUUGGGACAGAACGUGAGAGGAUUUGUGGGAGGAUCAGUGCCUUGAAGUGCCAGUGAAAUUAACAAGUGUGAUCAGAGUGCAGGGAGUCCUUUGUAUUCAAAUGUCAAUUUGUAUUAUAUUGUUUUAUAUUGGAGAAAAAUAUAUUAAUUUUUUGAUACUUUUGUAAUUUAUCCUUCAGAACAGAAAAUUAUAUAUUAUUUGGUAAUUACCUGGAGAACGAUUAUUCUUUGUACGUAUGCUUCAUUUUUUCAAUUACUUUUCAUAUUUUUUCGUCUCCUGAAAGUAUUAAUUCCACUCGUAAAAAUUGCACGCUGUAAAGCAGUCGUUUACAAAAUGUCGGUGAUGAAGAGAAUAAAAAAAAAUUCCAACCA